CAAACUGACCACACUCCUACAAGCAAAACUAGCUGGACAAUAAAACAGAAUCUCACAAAGCCUUCAGGGGGAAUAAAUCGAUAAAAAAAUGAUGGUAAACGUGUUCGCUGUGAUGUUCCUACUGCUGGGCUGCAAUCAGCUGCUGGCCAUGGAGCUGCAUGAUCAUACCCUGGAGAAACAAGGGAGCCAAGUCAAAAAGCGCCUCUCCCUGCAGAGCACAGCCGAAAUUCAGAGCUGCCUGGUGAGUUCAGGGGACGUCGGCUGUGGGAUGUUUCAGUGUUUCACCAAUAACUCCUGUGAGAUCCAGGGCCUUCACCACAUAUGCCUGACUCUGCUGCACAACGCGGGACGCUACGACUCCCAGGGUAAAUCCUACGUGAAGGACGCACUCCGCUGCAUGGCGUUGGGACUGCGUCAGCGUUUCAGCUGCGUGAGCCGGCGGUGCUCUGCGGUGAAAGAGAUGGUGUUGUCGCUCCAGCGAGAGUGCUACUCCAAACACAACCUCUGCCUCGCCGUGCAGGAUCACCUGGACACCAUGGGGAACCUGGUCCAGUUCCAGCUCAUGUUUCCUGCAGGGCCCUACGUGGAACUGAUGAACUUCCUGUUGAAGUGCGGAGACGACAUCAGGACCUGGGUCGGACGGCGACUGCGGGGGCAGUGUGAGCAGCACUGGGGGUCGCUAUGCGGCACCUUCACAAAAAUCUGCCCCCUCAGUCAGCCCGAUGUUCCGGGGCCUCCGGCCGGUCCCCCGCCCUCCGUCCCUGGACCCGUCACCCCCACAGACCCCCUGCAGCAGCCAACCAGAGAGGUGGAACUAGAGGACGUGACCCCGGACAGGAUGAUGGACAAUGCCACCAAGUCUGAUCUCUCGGUAUCCUGAACUUUCUUGCGUCGAAUGUGUUACGCAGGGUACACGAACAUUAAGCACUUAUAUUUACCGGUAGAAUAUGUUAAAGAUGUAGUGCUAGGAGAGCUUUCUGUCUACUGUUGCCAGUGAAAGUAAUGCGGCAAUAUUUAUUCAGCGUGUGGGUGUUUUUGUUUCGUGUAGAUUUAUAUUUUCGUCUCGACACGUACAGGAUGAAAAGCCACCAAUCUACCUCACAUCGAUGACAUUUCGUCAGAGUGGCGCUCUUACGACACGUUAGCACAGUGGAAAGCUUGUUUUCAGCUCAUGUGUGGCUGAUAAGAAAGAAUUCAACAUUUUUAAGUCUGUUUUUGGUGUUUGUGGAUUGUCAUAUUAAUAAGCUUCAACAAUCA